AACAAAGUUAUGCUGCUUUUUGUACACAAAGACUUUUUUAAAAAUGUGUAUAAAGCUCAUAUUCUCUUGUGAAUGUUCCGGUUCUAUAAGUUUUGAUGCUUUAAUAACUAUUGCUGUGUUUCUACAACGGUAUAUAGCCUACCACAGUAAUCCUUUUAAAAGGAUGAUUCGGGGCAUUUUACAUUAAAUACAAAACCAGAAAAUGCAGGUUAUGACCAAAGACUGAAAACAAGUACUUAAAACCCACCCAACAGGGAAGGCACCCAAACCCCCAGGUGUUUUACCCCUAUGUGUGUGUUAAACAUUUAGCCAAGCUGCAGCAGAGUUAGUGAUAUGGACUUCGUCCCUGAAUUUGUAUGUCAGUUUUUGCCAGGUGGCUGUCCCUGCUUCCUGGAACUGUGUCAAUAGACAAAGAAGUGUAAGGGGUGCUGUCAGACACCAGGCUGCUUCAGGUUGCCAUAGCAACGGAACUUGGUAUGGGGCUGGGCCUGUUUCUUCGUUAGGAAAGCCGUGGUAAGGCAAGGCUCCGGUAGUCCAACCCUUGGCUUAACCAGAAGGCUAUAUAAGCUUACUUUCACUUGGAGACUGAAAGGAAGUGUCUGUUCAGCGGUUUUGUUCACCUGUUACAUUCUAGAAUAUAAUCCAGACAACAGUGUCUUUUUUAAAUACAUUUUUUAAUUAUUUUUAAUACAUCUCUGGAAAUUUCACCUGCUGUUUUUUUUAAACUCGUAUCUCUCUCUAUAUUCUAUUCUAUAUAUACCACUGACUGCUGAAUUGAGAGCGUAGAGGUGCAAAACGCUUAGGAGUCGACAAGAUAGAGGUGGACCCUAGACUAACACCAGCUUCUCUAACGUGGUAAGGUCCUGUCCACUCGCUAUGGCAGAAGGUUCUGUAGAUGAGCACAGGCCGGCCCACCUUCCCUGGUUUGUGGCCAUGGCCCAGACCCUCGGCCUGGCCUCGGUGGUCACCACGGGGGUCUGGAUGGGUCACUAUCAGGGUGGCUACGGCUGGGACGGCUCGAAGCUCCAGUUCAACGUCCACCCCCUCUGCAUGGUCAUCGGAAUGGUGUUCCUGUAUGGAGAUGCUAUCCUGAUGUACCGGGUUUUCAGGCAUGAGCCCAAGCCCAUCACCAAGAUCCUUCACGGUGCCAUCCAUCUGAUCUCCCUCGUCAUCUCUGCUGUAGGUUUGGUUGCUGUGUUUCAGUUCCACGCAAAGUCCAAGAUCCCGGAUAUGUACACGUUGCACAGCUGGUGCGGAAUGCUCGCCUUUCUCAUAUUCAUUGUGCAGUGGGUGAUGGGUCUGUCUUUCUUGCUGUUCCCCGGUGCAUCCGCCUCUCUCCGCAGCUGGUACCUCUCGCUGCACGUUUUCUUCGGGCUGGCGCUGUUCGCCCUUGCCAUAGGAACCUGCCUGCUGGGCAUCAAGGAGAAGCUGCUCUUCAGCAUCAUGUCCACCUAUUCUAAGUUUGAGCCCGAGGGGAUACUGGCCAACGUGUUGGGAUUGCUGCUGGUGGCUUUCGGUGUGGUGGUGGGAUACAUCCUGACACGGGGAGAAUGGAAACGUCUUCCCUAUCCAGAGGAGCAGGCCCUGUGCAUGAACUUCAAGAACCUCACAGAGGGGGAGUGUCCCGACUCCCCGUGAAACCCCCUCCUUCCACCCUGCUCCUGCCAGAGACCACAGUGCACAGCCUCCUCCCCCUGCUGGCAAGCUGAGGGAUUGUCUGUGUGCAAUGGAGUGUUUACAGAUGGUCAAACCCAGUUUUAAUCGCUGCUUUACAAAGGCUUACUACUUGUCUUUCAGAAUUGCCAAAGCAAUUAAUUAUAUCAUUAUUUUCUUUAGCUGGGAUUAAAAUAUGACAGUUUUGUCUGAAAUCACUUUGAGCUGUUUAAGCAUUUCUGUACUUCUACUAUCAUGUUGCUGCCACAUUAAGUUUCCCAUUGAAUGCCAAACAAUUAUACAGUACUGCUGUGCCUGAAGACCUUGUCUGUGGAGGAAUUAUUUGUACAAGGCUCAGCUGAUAUGCAGUAUAUUUGUUUAACUUUGUGUUGUUUGUAUAAUACAUGUAUUUAAAUAGUCGUUAUCAAAAUAAACGUAUGUUGCAUUA